GAUCCGCAGAAAACCAAUAGAGAUGGCAGCUGGGGCAUGUUCAUCAUUUGGAGAAUUCUGCUCCAAGUUCAAGCCACACCUGAUCAUGUUUGUGGCACAGAUAGGUUAUUCAAUUCAGUAUUUCGUGACAGAAGCUUGCUUCAAUCAGGGAAUGGAUCCUCAUGUCUAUGUAACGUAUCGACAUACUGUUGGCGGUUUGGCUGUCUUUCCAUUUGCCUAUGUUCUAGAAAGAAAAGUGAGGCCAAAGCUUACGUUAUACUUAUUUAUGGAGAUAUUUGCUCUCUCUGCCUUUGGGGUAAGCUUAAAUGUAAACAUGUUCUUCAUAGGCAUGACAUACACCUCUCCAGCAUUUGUUACAUCAAUGCUCAACACCAUAGCAUCCCUGACUUUUGUAAUUGCAAUCAUACUCAGGAUGGAGAUUGUUGAUAUUAGAAAUCCCCGUGGGAUAGCAAAAGUCCUGGGAACCAUAGCAUCCUUGGCUGGGGUUAUGACUAUAACAUUGUAUCAAGGACCUGAAUUAAAAAGCCUAUGGAGAGCUCCAAUGCACAUAGGGAAAAAUACUGUACACGAAAAUUGGAUAAAGGGAUCUAUUCUUUCUGUGGCAGGCUGUGUUUCAUGGGCUAUCUGGUUCAUUAUGCAGGCAAUGACGUUGAAGAGAUAUCCUGCACAGCUCUCUCUCACCGCAUGGAUGAACCUUGUCGGGGGAGCACAAUCUGCUGUCUUCACUGUAUUCGUACAACGUAAGCCAGAAGCAUGGGCCAUGACAUCCACCCUCAAGUUUUGGUCUAUAAUGUAUGCAGGUGCGUUUUGUUGUGGUUUCCUAAUCUUUGCUCAACUCUGGUGCAUUGAACAAAGAGGGCCAGUUUUUGUGACCAUGUUUAAUCCCCUUACAACAAUAUUGGUAGCAAUUGCAGCGUACAUGGUAUUAGGCGAAAAACUAUACGUGGGCAGCAUUCUAGGAGGAGUCAUUGUCAUCAUUGGCCUAUACUUGCUGUUGUGGGGGAAAGAAGACAAUCAAGAAGCCCAUAUCGAUUCUAAAAUGCAAUUAUGCUCGUGUAACGUUGUGCCGCAAGAACACAAUAUGCAAAUAUUUACUUCAACAGAAAGGCCGGAAGAACGCUAGAGACUUGGACUAUAUAUAUGAAUGGAGUUCUGGCAUGCGUCAACCUAUUAUUACAUCAAAUGGAUCAAAUGAGCACUACUUAACUUUACGUUGAAGUUUAAUAUAAUCCAUUGUUAGAAUUUUGUGGACUUAAAUAACCUUUUUUAAUAAAAUUUGGGUUAAAUGAA